UCCAGAAGACCUAUACAAUUUUUUUCUUUUUAAACAUGAUUGUUAUUUGCUGAUUAGAAUAUUUUGUGAAACCUGCAUUUAUGAAGUUUGUUUCACAGAAGGAGAGGGAAUAACUAAUUUUCCUGAUCCAUUAUUAGAUUUGUUCAGUUGUUUUGCUGAUUGAUGGGCAGAAACAAAUCACACCACUUGCCAUCUCUCCAUCUCUCUCUCUCCCUCUCUGUUCUCGCUCCGCCUUUAAUUCCGCCAACUCCAAGAUCAGCGCGCAUCACAGGGAGGGAGGAAGACAGAGAGACCUUGUGGAACAAUGUGGAGUGGAGAGAGAGGGAGCGCGAGGGAGAGUUAACCGCUGUGAAAGCCGAUUACAGCGCGAGCACAUCGGCUCUGUGGUUCGUUUCUGUCCACUCCGGGAUUCUCUCCUCUCUGCGCGUCGGUUUUAUAUGUGCAGAAAUGAAUCCCCGGUUUCUUCCAGUGUUUGGUGCGGCUGGAGCGCCUUCACCAUGACUUUCUCUGCAGAGGCGCUUCCGCCAGGGGGGCAACUUUUCCGCGUGCCCCUGCGCCGCUGACGCGCUCCUCGGAGAGGAAAGUUUACGCGGGGAGCGUCAUGGGCUCGCGCUGAGAGCUCCGGCUGUCCCACAUUCUUCUCCUCUCCCCCCAGAGAGCCAGAAAGGACCGAAAGAUGCAGAAGAGUGUCCGCUACAACGAGGGGCACGCGCUGUUUCUGUCGGCCGUCGCGCGUAAAGAGGGCACCAAGCGCGGCUACCUGAGCAAGAAGACGGCGGAGAACAGCCGGUGGCACGAGAAGUUCUUCGCUCUCUACCAGAAUAUACUCUUCUACUUCGAGAACGAGCAGAGCGCGCGACCUGCUGGGAUUUACCUGUUGGAAGGAUGCACCUGCGAGCGCGCGCCGGCGCCCAAGUUGUCCACAGCCGGGAAGGAGGCGCUGGAGAAACAGCACUACUUCCUGAUUGUGUUUGGUCACGAUGGACAAAAACCUCUGGAGCUGCGGACAGAUGAGGAGAGCGAGUGUGACGAAUGGGUGGAGGCCAUCCAGCAGGCGAGCUACUCUGACCUCAUUAUUGAACGAGAAGUGCUGAUGCAAAAAUACAUCCACCUUGUGCAAAUCGUGGAGACGGAGAAGGUGGCAGCCAACCAGCUGCGCACUCAGCUGGAGGACCAGGACACCGAGAUCGAGAGGCUGAAGUCAGAGAUUGUAGCUUUGAAUAAAACUAAGGAGCGGAUGAGGCCUUAUCAUGUCUACCAUACGAACGAUGACCCCGACAUCAAAAAGAUUAAAAAGGUGCAGAGUUUCAUGCGAGGCUGGCUCUGUCGCAGGAAGUGGAAAAUCAUCGUUCAGGACUACAUUUGUUCUCCUCACGCAGAGAGCAUGAGGAAGAGGAACCAGAUCGUCUUCAAUAUGGUGGAGGCCGAGACAGAGUACGUCCACCAGCUCUAUAUUCUGGUCAACUGUUUCCUCAGACCUCUGAGGAUGGCUGCUAGUUCCAAAAAACCCCCCAUCAGCCAUGAUGAUGUGAGCAGCAUUUUUCUCAACAGUGAGACCAUCAUGUUCCUACAUGAGAUUUUCCAUCAAGGCCUGAAGGCGAGGAUAGCCAACUGGCCAACGCUGGUGCUGGCUGACUUGUUCGACAUCCUGCUACCGAUGCUCAACAUCUACCAGGAGUUUGUGCGCAACCAUCAGUACAGCCUGCAAGUUUUAGCCAACUGCAAGCAGAACAGAGACUUUGACAAGCUGCUGAAACAGUACGAGUCGAACGCCGCCUGCGAGGGAAGGAUGCUGGAAACCUUCCUCACAUACCCCAUGUUCCAGAUUCCUCGUUACAUCAUAACCCUGCAUGAAUUACUGGCGCACACGCCUCAUGAGCACGUGGARCGCAAAAGUCUAGAGUUUGCCAAGUCCAAAUUAGAAGAACUGUCCAGAGUUAUGCAUGAUGAGGUGAGCGACACAGAAAACAUCCGAAAGAAUCUGGCCAUUGAGAGGAUGAUCGUUGAGGGCUGUGACAUCCUGCUGGACACCAGCCAGACCUUCGUCAGGCAGGGCUCUCUGAUCCAGCUGCCAUCAGUGGAGCGAGGGAAGCUAAGCAAGGUCCGCCUGGGGUCUCUGUCGCUGAAGAAAGAGGGGGAACGACAGUGUUUCCUCUUCACCAAACACUUCCUCGUGUGCACUCGCAGCUCUGGAGGAAAACUGCACCUCCUUAAGCAAGGGGGAGUUUUGUCCCUGAUUGAAUGCACACUUAUAGAGGAACCAGACACCAAUGAUGAUGAGUCUAAAGCUGGUGGGCAGGUGUUUGGUCAGCUGGACUUUAAGCUGGUGGUAGAACCCUCAGACUCGCCUUCGUUCACCGUGGUGCUGCUGGCUCCAUCGCGACAGGAGAAGGCGGCGUGGACGAGUGAUAUUAGUCAGUGCAUCGAUAACAUCCGCUGUAAUGGCUUGAUGACGAGUGUUUUUGAGGAGAACUCUAAAGUCACUGUGCCUCACAUGAUCAAAUCCGAUGUGCGCCUCCAUAAAGAUGAUGUUGACAUUUGCUUCAGCAAGACGCUCAACUCCUGCAAGGUCCCCCAGAUCCGCUACGCCAGCGUGGAGCGGCUCCUGGAGAGGCUGACCGACCUGCGCUUCCUGUCCAUAGACUUCCUGAACACCUUUCUGCACACGUACAGGAUCUUCACCACAGCAGCUGUGGUCAUGGACAAACUGGCUGACAUCUACAAGAAGCCCUUCUCUUCCAUCCCUAUCAGGACACGGUACCACUCAUUUGACCGUCUGUCCAUCUCCUCCAUCUGUCCUGACUACAGUCUGAAGAUCAAGAAGAUAGCUAUGGAUCAGUCCAAAUCCUUGGAGUUAUUUUUUGCCACCAAUCAAAAUAACCGAGGCAGUGACAGCAUGAAUGACAGAUCCCCUCGUCUCUGCCGCAAGUUCUCCUCCCCUCCGCCGUUAUCCAUCUCGUCCCGCACCUCCUCCCCGGUCCGAACCCGAAAGCUUUCCCUUCACUCCCCCAUCACCGCCAGGGUCGGGGGUCUGGACCUGACAUCUCCCGUGUACAACCACAGCACGUCCCAGUCUGCUGGCAGUAGCCCCACAUCCGCCCACACCCCCCAGACCCCAACGCCUCAGACACCCACUCCGACUACUACCUCUCCUCCUCCUUCCUCUUCCACCUCCCCUCCUCCCAACAACGCCAAGUCCCCGCAGGAGCAGACUCCCCUGACUCCGUCCUCGCCUGAGCAAGGCCCCUGUCCAGCAGCUGAGGGGGACGAGGUGCCGAAAAUGGACCCUUUCUGUGGGAAACUGAGACGGAGCAUUCGGAGAACGGUGUUGGAAUCAGCGUCUUUGGAGAAAAUCAUCCCUGAGUCUCCACAGAGCAGUGACACAGGAGACAUGUCUCCAUGUCGCUCUCCGUCCACGCCUCGACACCUCCGCUACAGACAGCCUGGAGUCCAGUCUGGGGAGAAUUCACGCUGCUCAGUUUCUCCUGCAUCAGCUUUUGCUAUUGCAACUGCAGCAGCGGGACACGGUACCCCGCCAGUGUUUACUAACUCUGAGAGAACCUGCGAUAAGGAGUUCAUCAUCCGCAGAGCUGCGACUAACAGAGUUCUCAACGUGCUGCGUCACUGGGUCUCCAAACACUCACAGGACUUUGAGAUGAAUGGGGAGCUAAAGAUGUCGGUGAUCUAUCUCCUGGAGGAAGUGCUCAGAGAUCCAGACCUUCUGCCUCAGGAGAGAAAAGCUACAGCCAACAUACUGAGCGCACUUUCUCAAGACGAUCAGGAAGAUGCCCAGCUGAGGAUAGAAGAUAUUUUACAGAUGGCGGACUGUCCAAAGGCGGAGUGUUUUGAGUCUCUGUCAGCGAUGGAGCUGGCCGAGCAGAUCACGCUACUGGAUCACAUCGUCUUCAGGAGCAUUCCCUAUGAAGAGUUCCUGGGCCAGGGCUGGAUGAAAGUGGAUAAAACUGAAAGGACACCCUACAUCAUGAAAACAAGUCAACACUUUAAUGAUAUGAGCAACCUGGUGGCGUCCCAGAUUAUGAGUCACACUGAUGUUGGCUCCAGAGCCAACUCCAUUGAGAAGUGGGUAGCGGUGGCGGACAUCUGUCGCUGUCUGAACAACUACAACGGAGUGCUGGAGAUAACGUCUGCUCUCAACCGCAGCGCCAUCUACCGUCUGAAGAAGACCUGGGCYAAAGUCAGCAAACAGACUAAAGCCCUGAUGGACAAACUGCAGAAGACCGUGUCCUCUGAGGGAAGAUUUAAAAAUCUGAGGGAGACGCUGAAAAACUGCAACCCUCCAUGUGUGCCAUACCUGGGAAUGUAUCUAACAGACUUGGCCUUUAUAGAAGAAGGAACUCCAAACUUUACAGAGGAGGGUCUCGUUAACUUCUCCAAAAUGAGGAUGAUUUCCCACAUCAUCCGAGAGAUCCGGCAGUUCCAGCAAACACCGUACAGAAUAGAGCACCAAGCCAAGGUGACUCAGUACCUUCUGGACAAAACUCUGACCAUGGAUGAGGACACGCUCUACGAUCUCUCCCUGAAGAUUGAACCCAGGCUGCCCGCCUGAUUCUCGGCUGUUUGAGGCCCGUGAGAGCCUGCCCAACCUCAGAGGGCGACGCGCCCGCCUGAUCUCAUCAGUCAAGAGAAGAACGGAAGGAAAAAGUUUUGGGAGCGACGUGAAAACCAGAAGGCGAUUCUUCUGCAGGUCACUGAGAAGAAGAGGAAGAGAAUUUUACGAGAUUUUGUUGGAUGCCGAGCCGGAAGGUUACAUGUCGCUGUUUGUGCUCAUCAUUCCUCGGUAAAGAGUAUGGUGCACGUUACACUCUUCCUCAGAGAGAGAGAGAAAGAGCGAGAGAGAGCAGGGGAGGAUGAGAGCUUGGAGUCGGUGGCUGUAACAGUGGAGAUAUCAGAGAUGUAGCAUAUACAGGAAGUGACAGAUGUCUGAGCUUGUGUCUCUGUCUGUGUUCUCUUGCUUGUGCAUUUCCAUGCCGUGUGAUGGAGGAAGGUCCCCAAAAUGCUUUAUUUUACUGCAUAAAACUUGCAUGAUUUCAGCUUAGGAUGUAACUGUUUUUACCCCCGACGCUCGACUCGUCAAACAUCACCCUAACCGAGGGCGAGUCUUUUAGACACUAUGCAUCUGAACGGGCUGGGUGUGACGAAACGACUGACGUUCACAAAAGUUCAACUCGGAAAUUAUUUAUUGAUAAAGAUUUUCAGAAAUUUCCCCUAUUAAAAUAACACAUUCUCUAUUUGUCUUUAAUACACUUUAAGUAACAGACCUGUUUCACAUAUAGUUAUUUUUUUUAUUAACCGUCAACAUGAAUGAUAUAAAAUUAAAACGAUUCCAGUGCCUUCUACAGGUGUAGGUCAGUUUCCCCACAGUUGUCUAUUUAAGUAGAGCUUUAGUUGCUAGAUUACACAAAAAUAAAUUUAAAACAUAAUGUAAUUAUUCUGUUUGUUUUUUUUAGUAGGAUGUGUAUACUGAAUGGUACUGUAGCAUGCUGAUGUAAACACAGUGAAUGCACAAAACGUGAGCAAACAUUGCCCUCUACUGUUUAAACAUGGUAAUUACCCCCUCCUGCUAACUUUAAGCUUUUGCAGCAUUUCUGUGCAGUUUGAUUGUUUUGGCUUUUGCAAACCGCCUGCUGGACUUUUAUAUGUGUGUCACCAGAGUCCUCGGAGGAUCUGGGACCGGAUUAGUUUGGGUUACCAGUUUAGACCGGGACAGUUCCUGGACUCUCUGAGAUGUAGCUACGCUUGACAGACAAUCGUUGUUUCACCUCCUGUUUAUUUAUGACAUUAGACUCUGUAUUUAUGUUAUUUAUGUAUAUAGUGACUCCACACAUACGUAUAUGAUUGAUAAAGAAAUUAUGUUGUGAUUAUUAUUUUUAUUGUUUUGAUUUAUUUAUUCCUGUCCCUUUUGCAUUUCAAAAUUUGCACACCAUGCUCUUGUACAAAAAAUAGUGUUUAAUUUGAAGAUCUUCAGAAAACUUUAAAGGUUGGGAAAAAAUGUAGCAUUUGAAUGAUCUUGUUUUUUUCUGUUGAGGACAUAAUAAAUAAUGUUGCAUGCACACAACAGCUGCAUGUUGUGCAUGUCUGACUGGACCUUCAUCCUCUGCUUCAAUAUAUUAUGAUUGUCUCUGUAGCUGCUCAGAAAAAAAAAGAGUAUAAAAACAACAUUUUGUCCAUGAAAUCUGGUACGUUUGUUUCCUGGUGUACUUUACGUCAACACAGAGUUUCAAGGUUAUAUCAUCUGYGAAACAGCCUGUUUUACCACAGUGAUGUGUUGGAGCUUUCCUCAUCCUAAAAAGAUGAAAAAGAAUCUUAUCAUGGUUGACUGUCCUUUCUGCACUGUGUCCGUGACUCUGAGUGUCUGUUUUACCAACAUGUUUGUACUGUAAUAUUAUUUAUGUGUACUUGUUUUGUGUUACUUUAUCUGUUUACAAGAGUUUCAGUGUGGGUGCAGGGGAAAUAAAUGCAACAUGCCUUA